AUGAAUCCUUCACUCUUUCCAUCAAAAAUCCUUUCCAUUCCGUUCAUCACCAUCACCAUCUUCAUCCUUAUUACAACAGUCUUUUCCUCAACUAAAACAAUCUCCUAUUCCGAUCACUGCAAUUCCGUCGUCCCCGAAGCCAUUGCGACCAGCAUCACAUACACCCGAUUCCCAUCUCUCAAAACCUUAACCAGUCAUUACACCGGCGCUCAAAACAUUCUCGACCAAGAUUCACUCGCACAAAGAUUUAUCCAAUUUAGACCCAAAAAUAAAAUCUUCAAAACAAACACCUCCAACACAUACAAAACCCAAGCUCAAUUAACUUUCGCUUCAUCAAAUAUAUACCAUUUCCAAUCUAACCAUUCACGAUCUUAUCUUCCAUUGGUGUUUAACUUAGGUGGGUUCUUGUCAGUUUCCACCAAUAAGCUUUGUAUGGUUGGAUCCGCACGUUGGUUUUCCAAAAAAGGUAAACGUUUGAAACUUGAUGCUGUUCUGAAGCUUAAUUUACCUAAGCUUAUGAAUAUAAAUACUAGCUUAGUCGGUGGAAUCUUGGCGAGUUUAGCUUCGCCUCAAGAUUCCGAUUACUUUGAGCCGAUUUCAAUGAUGGGAUUCCCUCAAGUGGGUCUUUUGAAAUACAAAUAUUCGUUGGUUGCCAAUGAAGAUUGUAAUGGGGCAAACGGAAACGAACAUUCAGUCGCUAGGAUGGAAUCUUUAGACUUAUGUUCAAAGUUAGCGUAUCAAUUCAAGAUUUACCGGUUGGAAAAUCAAGGUAUUGGGUACCCUUUUUUGUCGUUGUAUGGGUUUCAGUGUUCAUUGGAAGAAAAAAAGUUGCGCUUUUUAGUAGAAUUUCAAAACACAAGUUAUGCCCGUUGGUACCAAUCUUUCAACCCAAAUGUAACGUUAAUUGGCGAUGGAACAUGGAAUGGAGCAAAAAACGAGCUUUGCAUUAUAGCUUGUCAUAUCUUGAAUCAGAGUGAUCCUUUGGGAAGUGCUCAUGUUGGAGAUUGUUCGGUCAGGCUGACCUUAUGGUUCCCUGAAGUUCGGUCAAUCAAAAACACACAUACCACCGAAGGUCAAAUUUGGUCAACCAAGAAAGUCGAUGAUGUCGGGUACUUUAAACCAAUCAAGUUUCAAAGCUUUGAUCAUAGUUCCGAGAAUUACGGGUCAAAGUAUGAGUUUACAAAAUUGGAGAAAGUAAGACAAAUUUGCCCUCGAGCAGAUGUUGCUAAAAGGGAAGGGGUUGUGUACCCGUCGGGAUAUAGUCGGGAUAUGACUUUUGACAUGUCUGUUAAGUACAGAAACAUGAAUUCCAUGGGUUAUGCCUUUCCGAUCUUUGUCGGAAAUCAGUUCUACAAUUCGUAUGAAGCUUUGGAUUCAAAUUUUAGUCCAUGGCAGGCCGCCACCAGUAACACCAGUCCGAUGAACAUAAGCUAUGAGAUUAGCUUCCAAAUGUUUGCUAAUUCAACAUCGGAAUCGGAAAGCGGGAUUCCGUCGUUAUCGUUAACUAAGAAUGGUAGAGUUGAGAUAUCGGCAGAGGGGUUUUAUGAUAGUGAAACAGGAAGACUUUGUAUGGUUGGUUGUCGAAAUCUACCUUCAUCCGAGAACUCAAAAAAUGAAUCUUUCGAUUGCGAGAUUCUGGUGCAAUUCCAAUUCCCGAGUACCAAUGGGAAUAAUGGAAGUUUUUUAAUCAAGGGAAGCAUAGAAAGCUUACGUGAAAAGACAGAUGUUUUGUAUUUCGACAGUUUAAAUGUCGUUUCUCUUGCUUACACUAAACUCGAAGCCAUGGAAUCGAUAUGGAGAAUGGAUUUGGAAAUCAUAUUGGACUUGAUUUCACGGACACUUUCGUGUCUAUUCAUCGUCCUUCAACUCUUUCAUAUCAAAAAGAAUCCCGAAACGAGUCAGUUGAUUUCAGUUUUGAUGAUGUUGAUUCUUACACUUGGGUACAUAGUUCCUUUAGUGUUGAAUUUUGAGGCAAUGUUUUCAAACACUCGUUAUCUUCAAAACAUUCAAUUCGAGGGGAGUGGUGGAUUGCUUGAAGUGAAUGAAGUGAUUGUUAGGAUAGUGACAAUGGUAGCUUUCAUUUUGCAAUUCCGUCUCCUCCAGUUGACAUGGACUAAAAAACUUGCGAAUGGUGAUAACAACGGAAACGGAAAGAGUCAUUGGAAUCAUGAGAUAUGGACUCUGGUGGUAUGUUUACCGGUUUAUAUAGUUGGUGGAUUGAUGAUGUUUCUAACAAACUGGAAGAACAAGGAUUACAUAAUCUCCAGUAACCGAUCAAUCUGGGGUGAUUUGAGGUCUUAUGCGGGGUUAACACUAGACGGAUUCCUAUUCCCACAAAUCGUACAUAACAUGUUUAAGAUUUCAAAAGGGAAUGCUUUGUCUUAUUUGUUUUACGUAGGGAACACUUUUGUUCGAUUACUACCUCAUGCGUAUGAUCUUUAUAGGGGUCAAGAGAACAUAAGUCGCCAGUUUCAUCGGUUCUAUCUGUAUGCAAAUCCAAGAGCAGAUUUCUACUCACCUUCUUGGGAUGUUUUCAUUGCUUGUGGAGGUGUUGUGUUUGCAGUGAUCGUGUUCUUGCAGCAACGUUUUGGUGGUCGAUUUAUGCUUCCAAAGAGAUUCCGGGAGACUGUGGGGUAUGAAAGGGUUCCUGUGGUAAGCAAUGAGUAA